GUUGGUAAACUGCUCACUAAUUAUUAUUUAAAUUGUAAAUAUUUCUGAAUUCAAUAUGUUUAAAUUUAAUUUUAAUGUUGAGGAAGAUUGUGACAAUAAAUUUUUAAAAGGAUUAUCAGAAGAGAAAGAUUUAUGCUCGAACAGUGAUGCGAACAUUGACUGGUACGAUUCCCAAAAGAUUGAUAUUGACGAAGAAAUAAUCAACAAAUUGGAUGUAUUUAAACUAAAUUCAGUAGAGAAAAGAUUUGGUGAAGUUACUAUAAUAUAUAUAAAAUCGGGUCUUUUACUUCAAAAUGUAUUUCAUGAUGAAAUGUUAAAAGACAUAAAAGCGGCAGAGGAAAGCCACUCUGAUUUGCUACCAGGCAUUUACGAAGGUGGUGCUAAAAUUUGGGAAUGCACUGAUGAUUUAUUAGAAUAUAUUAGCGCACACAAGUUUUCGUUUGCUUGGCAGGAAAAACUCGUGUUGGACUUGGGAUGUGGUUCGGGACUACUUGGGAUUUACUCAUAUAAAUGCGGAGCAACUGUGCACUUCCAAGAUUAUAAUGAGGACGUUUUAAAAGAAAUAACUAUACCAAACUUUUUGCUGAACAAUUUGCAGUCUGUUGAUGACAAAGAAUUGGAUAUUAAAAAAAUAAAUGGGAUUGCAAAAUUUUAUUCUGGUGAUUGGGAGAAAUAUUAUAACGUAACCAAAAAUGAUGCAAGAUUUGAUUUGAUUUUGACUUCGGAAACAAUUUAUAAUAUCCAAAAUCAGGAAAAGUUACUUAAUUGCUUUGAUACCAGGCUUGCAUCAAAUGGAAUUAUUUUAGUGGCAGCAAAGACUUAUUAUUUUGGUGUUGGGGGUGGUGUAAAGCAGUUCGAGAAAUUGAUCGCUGAAGAUGGCCGAUUUUGUGCUAAAGUAGUGUGGACUGUAACGGAAGGAAUCGGUAGAGCCAUAUUAGAACUAAGGAGAAAGGAUAUAUAGUGGUCCUAGAAUAAUUUAUUUCAGGCUGUAAUACAAUAAAUUUCUUAUUUCGGUUUGUCUCAAGCUGUAACGUAAGUAUUGCUAAUAACAGCAAUAUUUUUGACAAUAACAAAACAGAGAACCUAACCGAACAACUUAUCACUUUAAAAAAUGUUUUCUGUUAAAAAUAGAUUAAUUUUAAUAUAUGAACUUUU